GACUCCCCCUCCUUUCCAUGCGCUGCAGAGAUUCUCAGGCAGUCCGGGCAACUACAGCUCCAAUGAAGUGAGAGCGAACGGUACAAUAAUCAGCAGCCUAAGCCCGGGGCACAGAGGACGUUCCUAGACAAAGCAGAGCGAGGGGAAAAGGACAGAGCCCAACAAAUAAGCAAGCAUCAUGGGUUGCUUUGAAUGCUGCAUCAAGUGCCUGGGAGGAGUUCCAUAUGCUUCACUGGUGGCCACAAUUCUUUGCUUCUCUGGUGUGGCACUCUUCUGUGGCUGUGGUCAUGUGGCACUUACGGGAACAGUAGCCAUACUUGAACAGCACUUCUCUUCAAACCCCAGUGAUCAUGUCCUUCUGACUGAAGUAAUACAGCUAAUGCAGUACGUCAUCUAUGGAAUUGCAUCUUUUUUCUUCUUGUAUGGAAUUAUAUUAUUAGCAGAAGGCUUCUAUACCACUAGUGCAGUGAAGGAGCUACAUAGUGAAUUUAAAACUACAGCCUGUGGACGAUGCAUCAGUGGAAUGUUCGUUUUCCUUACCUAUAUUCUGGGAGUGGCCUGGCUUGGUGUCUUUGGCUUUUCUGCCAUUCCUGUUUUCAUGUUCUACAAUAUGUGGUCCUCUUGUGAAGUUAUCAAAGCUUUGCCUACAAAUCUGACCACCACAGCCGAUCAGAUAUGUGUGGAUAUCCGGCAAUUUGGUAUCAUUCCAUGGAAUGCUUUACCUGGAAAAGCAUGUGGGCAAGCUUUGGAACAAAUCUGCAAUAGCAAUGAGUUCUACAUGUCCUAUCACCUCUUUAUUGUGGCUUGUGCUGGAGCUGGGGCAACUGUCAUUGCCUUGAUCCACUUCCUCAUGAUUCUGUCUUCUAACUGGGCCUACUUAAAGGAUGCGAGCAAAAUGCAGGUCUACCAAGAUAUUAAGGCAAAAGAAGAGCAGGAGCUGCAAGAUAUCCAGUCACGGUCAAAAGAACAGCUUAACUCUUACACAUAAAAAUGAUUCCCCAGCCUAAUGCAACAGAGGAGCCAGUAGGUUUUAUUCACCAAGCCACUCAUGCAGAAGAUUUAUUGAUAAACCUGCUACUGAACUGUAUUUUUUUAACAAAACCAGUGUGUAACAAAAUAUUCACAACCCUUCACUUGAUACAUUUUAAAAAGGCAGCACUUUAUAAAAAGCCGUGCUAACUGCAUUUCCAAGUAUGCAACUGGUCAUUUCACAGUAACAAUAUGGUAGAACCUAAGUGGGAGAUGGUUGGUUGGCAGAUGGCCAUAGACAUUUGCAUGUUGGACACAUUAUAAAGUGUUACCAUUUUGAAAUGUGAUGUGAACACUUGAGCCUUUUGUACUUAAGGCCCUUGAAACGUAUACUGCACAAGUGCCAGGAAAAACAAGUGUGUGUGUGUGUGCGUGGUUUCACUGCUUUAUUUGAACACUACAGUGUUUGUAUAAUGAUCCUGAUCAUUAAAAAAAGCGACAUGAGCAUAAAUUAUUUUGUAUGUGCUGGCUCCCCUCCUGUAGGUAUCAAGGUAUAAUGAUUGUUACAGUGUCUGAGUUUAGGUAACAAUGGGGAAACAUAUUCAUUGGUGCAUUUGAGGAUAUAGUACAACAUUGUUGAUGUAAGUCUCACAUUAUUUCAGUAGUUUAUUGUGGUUCCACAUCCUAAACAGGAUAUUGAAUUAAAAAAAAGAAAAAAAAAAAAAGUGGCGUAGGAAAUGCAGACUGUGCACCUAGCGAAAAAGGUGCUGGCUCUACGUAAUGAUCCACAGAUAUUCCUAAUGUACUUUUGAAAUGUGAGCAGAGACCGUUCAGGUAUUUUGUUUGGUUACAAGCCAAAAAAAGUAUAAAAAGAAAAAAAAAAAAAGCCUUUGAAUACACGCCGUUUACUGUAUGUAGCGGACAAUGUAAAAUAGUAGCCUAGCUUUUCGUUCAGCAGAUGCAUGAAGGUGAUCGUUUUAGCCCAGUGUCCUCAUUUAUGGGUAAUGGAGGCAGUGACUUCAAAUACAGUAAUUUUUUUUUCUAUUCUGUGUAGUUGCUGGGAAUUAUCAUGUUGCCUUUCCGUUUAGUGUAAUAUUUUUAUGUAAAAGGAAAAAAAACCCUACAUUUUGCUAUGUAUAAAUUUUGUACCCUAACAGUGAAUCAAUAUUUUCUAUGAGUGCCAAGGGCUUCCUGUAGUUAUAUCCAAGUGUUAUAAUAAAUAUUUGUAGAUAAAG